GUCCUCCUCUCUACCCCUCUCGGCAGCCAUGACUUCUCUGGGUCCCAACUCUCAGAGACGUUACAUCCAACCUGACUCUCCUUCCACCACCAAUCUUUUGUCUCCACAGUCGAGACCCGGCGUGCAGGAUGCGCCAGGACCAGCGCGUUCACUCCGCAGCGUGGCGAGUGAUGCCUCACUGGCCGAGUCGUCGCGCUACGCGCCUAGUACGCCUCACUCCAUUCCCCCGUCAAUAUCUGACAAGUUCUCGCUCUCCCCGGAUCCGUCGUCCUGGGGCGCUGACCUUUCGCCCGGUCAUCCUGAGGAUGAUGACUUUCUGCACAAUCCUGAUCCCAGGCGGGACCGCAAGAACGAUAAAGGCGGGAACAUCUUCACGUACCGAGGCAUCACGAACCUCGGUUGUUUGUUCAUUUUGGCUGUUGGAAUCGUGACCCUUUUCGCUGGUUAUCCCUUGAUCAGCUAUUUCACGAAACACAAGGCUUCCACCGCGGGUGGGUUUAACCUUGGAGGCAUCAACGCCUCCGGCCAAAUCCCAUCUAUGGCUGGGAACUACGCCAUGGUCGACAAGCAUACUCCCGAUUCAGCAUUGAAGAAAGCGGAUUGGAUGUCUGGAAAGGAGUGGACACUUAUCUUCAGUGAUGAAUUCGAUGUCGAUGGUCGGACGUUCUGGCCUGGCGAUGACCCGUACUGGGAGGCGGUGAAUCUGCACUACUGGGAAACGAAUAACUUGGAGUGGCUCGACCCAACCGCAAUCACAACGAGUAACGGUAGUCUGCAGAUUACUAUGACAGACCAACCGAAGAACAAUCUAAACUACACCAGCGGCAUGAUGACAACGUGGAACAAGUUUUGUUUCACUGGCGGCAUGGUCGAGGUCUCAGUGCGGCUCCCUGGCACGAACAACAUCGUUGGACUCUGGCCCGCUGUUUGGACGAUGGGCAACCUUGGCCGAGCAGGCUAUGGUGCCUCUCUGGAGGGCAUGUGGCCAUAUACCUACGAUGCAUGUGAUGUUGGCACUGCGCCCAACCAGACCAAGAAUGGUCUCCCGCAUACGGCUACUGUCGAUGGUGACCCAAGCAAUGGCGAUGUGUUGUCGUACUUGCCUGGUCAGCGUCUUUCGAGAUGUACCUGUCCUGGUUCGUCCCAUCCCGGACCCAUGCAUAGUGAUGGGACGUAUGUGGGACGCGCUGCACCCGAAAUCGAUAUUUUCGAGGCUUUGAUAUCCGACGGGCGUGGUCAAGUCUCGCAAUCGGCCCAGUGGGCACCCUUCAACUAUAAAUACACAUGGGACAACACAUCAAGUACCUACUCGAUAGGUAAUGAGAGUAUCACUGAGCUAAACCCGUACAAGGGUGGUGCGUAUCAGGAGGCGAGUUCAGCACUGACAUGGACAGACCAGACUGCAUAUCAGCUGAGUGGUGGAAGCUACUCGAUAUACGGGAUUCAAUAUCAACCUGGUUUUGAUGACGCGUAUAUUACCUGGGUCGCUAACAAUCAGGUCGCCUGGACGGUUGAGGCAGCGGGAAUGGGAGCUGAUACUGUGGUCGAGAUCAGUGCGCGACCGGUACCACAAGAGCCAAUGUAUCUCAUCGUGAACCUGGGCAUAUCGCAGAAUUUCGGUCCAGUGGACACUACGGGGCUCAUAUUCCCAUCGAUAAUGAGCAUCGACUACAUUCGCGUGUACCAGGAUCCCGACAACAUCAAUUAUGGGUGUGACCCGGACGACUUCCCCACAGCCGCCUACAUCAACGAAUACAUUGAUGCGUACACAAAUCCCAACUUGACCACCUGGCACGGUGACUACGGGCAACCAAUCCCUGGCAAUAGCUUCCUAGGACAGUGUUAGUUGUGUUGUUAGAUCUGUCAUAUCGCCGGUUCGCCUUCGUUGUCCGUGCGUCUGCACUAUCGGGCCUUUGCACUGUUCUCAGACUUGAGUCGUUGCACAUACCUUCAUCCUGCUCUAGCUGCGUCUAGCAUAUUCAUGGUAGUUCACUUUGCUCUUCCUCAAGUAGACUUUUUCACAUAUGGUGGUUGGAUAUAUUCUGUGUGUAAUAAUCCCUGGGUUGGCAGCCAACAGGGUUUGAUCCAUGUACAGUCGUAUCUCCCU